GUAUUGGUCAGCGGACAUCUGGACAGCUGGGACGUUGGGCAGGGAGCUAUGGAUGACGGUGGUGGAGCAUUUAUAUCAUGGGAAGCAUUAUCACUCAUUAAGGAUCUGGGACUUCGCCCUAAAAGGACUCUGCGCUUGGUGCUAUGGACAGGAGAAGAGCAAGGAGGAAUAGGUGCCAAGCAAUACUAUCAGUUGCACAAGGAAAAUAUCUCCAACUUUGAUAUCGUCAUGGAGUCUGAUGAGGGCACCUUCAAGCCAUCUGGGCUGGGUUUUACUGGCAAUGCUAAAGCUCGGGACAUCGUGAAAGAGAUCAUGACUCUGCUGCAGCCCAUCAACGUUACAGAUGUUUACGACAACGCAGAUGGGACAGACAUCGAUUACUGGCUGAGGGCCGGGGUGCCCGGUGCCAGCUUGCAUGAUGACAUCAAUAAAUACUUCUGGUUUCAUCAUUCUCAAGGGGACACGAUGACAGUUCAGGAUCCAAACCAGAUGAAUCUCUGUGCUGCUGUUUGGACUGUUGUCUCCUAUGUAAUUGCUGACAUGGAGGAGAUGUUGCCAAGGUAAUAAAACAGCAAGAAAGAAGAGUUCUGUUCUUCAGUAAAGAUUCUAAGUCCACUAAUGCAUGUGGACUACAGCUGUGGGAAAUUCUGUUUUUCACCUUGAUUUUGUGCAUUAUUAUUAUAUCUGUUUUCCCCAAAGAACAUGCUCUUUUGCACAUUCCUGUUUGCAGUUUUCUUUCCAUUUUGAUCUCUUCCAUUUGUGAUUUUCACUUAAAAUGGCUUCUUUUAAGUACUUUUUAAAUUUUGGAUGAAGAUAUGAUACUUCUUUGACUAUGAUAUAAUAACCAUUUGUAUGCACAGUGGUCCUGUGCAGCAGGAAAAAUAUACCAAAUAAACUUGUUGCAUCAGA